AUGGCUAUCUCUAAGAACUUACCAUUAUUAAAGAAUCACUUCAGAAAGCACUGGCAGGAACGUGUCAAGGUCCACUUAGACCAAGCUGGUAAGAAGGCUUCUAGAAGAGACCACAGAUUGACUAAGGCAGCCAAGAUUGCCCCAAGACCAAUUGACACCUUGAGACCAGUUGUUAGAUGUCCAACUAUCAAGUACAACAGAAAGGUCAGAGCCGGUAGAGGGUUCACCUUAGCCGAAUUGAAGGCUGUUGGAUUAAGUGCUAAGUACGCUAGAACCAUUGGUAUCUCUGUUGACCACAGAAGACAAAACAGAAGCGAAGAAACCUUCGAAGCUAAUGCUGCCAGAUUACAAGAAUACAAGUCCAAGUUAGUUGUUUUCGACAAGAACACCAAGGCUGCUGAAGCUGUCAGCCAUAAGCAAGCCGAUGUUGCUACUGUUUUCCCAGUUGUGCAACCAUCCGUUGAAUCUGCCCCAAGAGCCGUUGAACAACCAGAACAAAGUGCUUUCAGAACCUUGAGAUUGGCCAAGUCCGACAAGAAAUACAAGGGUAUUAGAGAAAAGCGUACCAGAGAAAAGGCUGAAGCCGAAGCUGACAAGAAGAAGAAAUAA